AUGUCGGAGAACGCAGCAACACCGAUAGAAACGCCGUUUCGUUUUGGAAGUGGUGUAGAGUUGCCACCGUUUCGUACAGUGAACGAUUUCAUUCUCGGAAAGGCACGCUUUGAGCUUCCCCCUUACAACGAUUUACAACGAUGGAAUAAUCGCAUCAUAUCCAAUCUCCUCUAUUACCAAACAAACUAUUUUGCUUUCUUUGCUCUUCUCUUUAUUAUACAAAGCUUCUUCAACUCUCAGGAUUUGGCUCUAGGAUUGUCUGCUGUUUUAGUUGUGGCGGGCGUGGUGGUCUUUGCGAUUUCGGAUAACCCAUCAUUUUAUCAGACUCGCCGUGAUCAUCCAUUGAUAACACUUGGUGCGAUAAUCCUCGCCUGUUACUUUUUUAUACAAGUACUGCCCUCGGUUCUUACGGUACUAUUCAGCAUUCUACUUCCUGUGUUCUUCAUUCUAUGCCAUGCGUCAAUUCGUCUUCGUGAUUUUAUGUCUAAAGUCACCCAGACUGCUGAGAAGUAA